AAACAGGCAGCGCCUUCAGCAUGCGGCUGUAACAAGGGAAAAGCCUCCUGAGUAAGCUGUCAUUUCUCUAACCUGGCAUGAUCUAAAUCACAAUCCUGAAACCAUCCUAGCGUAAAGAUAUGGAAGCUACUAAACCUGGCACGCUACAGAUCAUACAGUGGCGCUAUCAGAAAGCACAGGAAUGCCUCAAUGCAGGAAUUCUGGAGGAUAACAUGGGAAAUAAAGACCGAGCGAUUGCUCUGUACCGACUGGGAAGACGGCACGUCCUCCAUGGCCUGGAAAUGGCCUUUGUCCAGAAUGUUGCCCAGCAGAUUCCAGUGAAGAUGAAUGAAAUGCUCAGCUGCAUCACCACUCGGCUGACUUUCCUUGAGUCCACUUCAGGAGCCUCUGAUACCCAGAAUUCCUAUCCAGUCCCGUUACAAUCCCUAUCUACAUCUAGCAGCCAUACUAAACAAGUGCUUGCUACAAAGCCUUUAGGUGGAGCUCAGCGUUUUCCACACUCCCCUGCCAUGGCCUCUGAGGUGCCCAGGGAUCUGCCACCAGCUUACACCCCACAGGCCACAGAUGGAUGUGUUUCCAUUUCUCAGCGCAACAGGGUGACCUGUCCUUCCCCACCAACAGCAGAGCUGGUUUACCACUUUAAAGAUGUUCUAUUUAUCCUUCCUCAUGGCGUACAGAUAUUCUUUGUUACACCAAAUGGGCAUGUCAGUGCUCCGUCAUAUCCAGGUUAUCUGCGCAUCAUCCUGAACAGCAGCCAGCAUUACGAUAAUGAUGAUACCAAUAACACCAGACAUCCUCUAGCUUACCUGCAGGUAUGUGAUUGGCACUACCCCCUGUUUCCAGACUUGCCAGUCCUGCUUAGUGGCAAGGGUGUGUUCACAUUCUCUGAUACCAUGGCAGCCGAGCCUGGGUCCUGCGUUGGGGUUGUGUUGUCAACCGAGCUGCCUGCAGGGGAAAGAGCUCUUUUUCAUGAGCAUAUCUCCAUAUUUACACAGCUUAGAGUUCAGUCUGCAGAGGAUAAUGGAGCAGAUGAGGCAACAGGCAGGAAAAUUAACCUGAAUGCAAAGACUCACAUCAAUCCUUCAGAAAACACAGCAGAUGAGAAGAAUUUACCAGGAUGGAGUGAGAAGAUGUCGAAGAGCAUCACAGCAGGGGCUUCAUGGCUCAGUCGGGGCCUUGUGCAGGGAGCAGAAGCCACAGGUAAAGCUAUUCACACUGGAGCAAUAAAACUACGUGAACACAUCACUCCAGAGGAAACACCAGCUGUGGUCAGCCCUAGAGUCACCACAGGCCUGUGUGCAGCUCAGCAGGCUACUGGGGGAGCUGUCAAAGUCAGCCGAUUUCUGGUUAAUGGCCUUUCAACUGUGGUUGGACGUGUUGGGAAGGAAAUAACACCUCAUGUCAAUAAACAUGGCAGCAAACUGAUCCCAGAAUCACUAAAAAGUAAUAAAGAUACCUGCACCAACAUGACCGGAGCCAAAGUAGUGGCUGCUAGUAGCUUAAAAGGUCUCUCAACCAUAUGGUCUGGUUUGGAAACUGCAGCAAAGAUCAUUGGUAAAAGUACAACCUCUGAGACCGUGCUGACGGUCAAACACAAAUAUGGCAAUCAAGCCAGCCAGGCUGCAGCCUCUGCUAUCCAGUCCGUGACCAAUGUGGGAAUCACAGCCUUCAACAUGGAGAAUCUAGCCCUCAAUGCUGUACUGAAGUGUGCAGGCAAUCAGAUGCCAAAAGCUUCAACUGUAGAAGACCAAACCAAGAACACAGAAAAGAGAGCUAAGGGAGAUAUGUGUGAGAAAAAAUAAAGCUAUAUGCUCCUCUGUCCAUCUGGAAGCAAUCAAGCAAAGCACAAACAAUAUACUUGUAUCACACACACAAAUUUACUAAUGAGAAUAAAAUGUUUACAUACUAUUACAAUGUUUAAAAGUAUUCCAGAAAAUUAUAUUUCUUCUUGUAUACUCCAUCCUUCACUGUCAGGAUACAUAAUUGCUAGUACAAUUAUUAUUAAUUUGAUGAUUGUUGUUCAUCUUAUUCUUCAUGAUCAAAUCCUAGAUGUUUAGAGGUGGGAACAAUAAUUGCUGCAUCUGUGCCUGAAAUUCAGUAUGAUAUAAUUGUUUAUUAUUGUUUCUACUGAAAUAUUUUGUUUUGUAGGAUUGUGUAGAAUUUAUGAGAAAUAUGCAUGGAGGUCGGCAAGAGUACAGGAGGUUUUAAUUGCUCUCAUUUAGUUUAUAUACCUUAUAAAAUAUGACGAUUAAAUAUAUCUUUUUUCAUGAAAGAGUUUACAUUUAAUACAUUUUCUCAUUCUCACUGGUCUGUGUUUAUACUGUAGGAAUCAGACACCUCAAAUGCAAUUUCGAGUAAACAAACAUAGUUAAAAUAUUUUUACAUAUUUAAAUAGAACAGUUUAUAUACAUAUUUAAGAUUACUGCAUUUGCGUACCGCCAGAACCACUCUACUCUCCUUUUGGUUUUGGUUUAUUUUUUAUCCUAAAUUGCAUUCCUUUUUAUUCUUAUAUACCAGACAGUUGCAUAAAGCAUUUCACUGCAUGUCGUACCCUGUAUGUAUAUGUAUGUGAAAAAUUAAAAAUAAAAAAUUUUAUUUGA